GGCGUGCGUCAGUGGGCUGGUCACUCACUACUCACAGAUGCACACUUCAAGACCAAGAAACAUCCCACAUGGGAGGAGGCCAAGGCCCGAUAUGGGCUGCAGAGCCAUUAGAUGGAUGGAUUUAUGAUAUGUUCAUAUGGCUUUUCGGUGGAUCCUUGAACGUGUGGAGUUUACUAAUAAGAUUGAGUUACCUCCCAGUGAAGGAGUUUAUACAGUUGGCAGGGGAAAGGAAAACACUAUUAAAUGUCUCAGUUUGUAUGUGUCCAGAAAGCACUGUAAAAUUGUACAGCGAGCUGGAAGUCUUACAAUUGUUGAUUUGUCUAGUGCUAAUGGUACAUUUGUCAACCAAACUCGAAUUCUUUCUGAGCGGGAGAUUCCAUUGCAAGAUGGGGAUCUAAUUGGUGUGGGUGUUAGUGAAACAACAGACUCUGGUUGCUAUGUGUUUCAACUUCAUAGAGAAAAUUUUAAGACUGUGCACCAUGUGUCUGCUUUGCCAGAUUCAAGUACAAGUGAAAAUGAAGUGGUUAUCAUUGUGGAUUCUGAUUCAGAAAAUGACCUACAGGAAUGCAGGGAAGCAGAGGCAAAGGAGACCAAGAACCUGCCCACUGAGAAGAAACAUGUCAUCAGUUCUAAAGUUCCAAGGUUGGAAAAUGCCACCAUGAAUCAGGAAACAUCUUCUGCUUUACCAGUGACAUAUCCCAGUGUCUUUUUUUACAAUCGAGAAAAACCAAAGAAGAGACUGUGUGAUGAUCCUGAUGACAAGAUAAAAAUUAAGAGGCAUGUUUAUGAACAGAAUUCAAGACCACCUGAUGACAUGUCUAACAAGAAGACUGCUCAUCAAAGUGAAGUGUGUAAUAGAAAUUCAAAAUGUGAAGUGGUUUAUAAAUUAGGGGAAGAUAUAAAUACUUUCAAUAGAUCUGAAACCAUCUUAGACACAGCUCAGGAAUCAAAAAUUGUUGGUGAUCAUUUGACUUCAGGUGCUGCGAACUCUAAGAGUGUGGAACCUGUUUUUCAGUCUUCAUUCUUCCCUGAAUCUUAUGUUUCAGUUCAGACUGCAGUUUGUACUAAGAGAAGAUUUGAUAGUGAACCUCUUUCAACUACUUUUACAGACUGUAAAACUACAACACAUAGGCAGACUGCAGAAGCAGAGUCAGAAAUACUUAAUCAUUCGACAAAUGAUUCUCUAACAUUGAAUAGAACUAUGGUGUUCGGAGUGACAGAACAUAAAAGUGAAGAAAUGGAGAUUGCUCUACAGCACAGUAUUAAAAACAGAUUCUGGACUGAGUUAUUUAAUUCAAAAACAAAUGAAAACAGGUGUUCCCCUGUAACCAAAACAGAUGUACCCUUUCUGGAUGAUAACUCUCAAAGAAUACCUGUAGUUUUGACUUCCAGUUUGAAUAAAAAUGAGAGUGAACAGAACUUCAAAAUAGAACCAAGUAACAAAGAACUUGCCAUCAGUGAUACCAAGAAUUCUUCUAGACAUAAUGAAAGACAAAGUCCUAAAGGUAGUAAGUCCUUGUGUUUUGAUUUGAGUGAAGCAAAUAAAUGUGUAGGAACUGAUAGUACAGUACAUUCUUUUAAUAAUUUCACUGGUGAUUCAGGAUAUGCUGUUGCACACUCAUCCUUUACUUUGGAGUCAAAUUUAAGAACUGACAGUGUCAUAACUAGUGAAAGUGGAACAUGCGUUUCUGAAGGUGAUAAUUUAAUUCCUGAGGUUGCUGUAGAAAGAGAGAAAGAUGGAGUUCCUUUUUCCCUUUGUGGAAAGAGCAAAUCGAAUAGAUAUUCCAGUUCUGGAAUCAUAAAUGACAAACAGUUUCCUGCAGCCCAGGAAUGUAAAUCAGGAAAAAAUUCUACCCAGAAUAAAGAGUUGAAUGAAAAAAGGAAAUCAUACAAGAUGCAGAAUAUUUUAUCAGAACCAUAUUCUGUUGAGUUUAGUCACAUUGUUUCAAAAUGUGAACAAGUUUCAAAGUCAGAACAGGCUGUAUUUUUCAUCAAUAAAGAAGUAAAUGAUGAAUCAUGUAGCUAUACAAACUUCAAGAAACAAAGUCCAAAAUAUUUAGAGACGCCUGUGAAGAAGAAACUGAAAAUGAGUGAACAAAGUGUAGGUGGAUCACAUAAAUCAGGUUCUAGCAUAGUUUUAAAAGAACCUGAUAUUGUAUCUGCUAAACAAAAUGAAUCUGUUGUGAUAUCUGUAGAUAAUAAAGUUAGAACAGGUAACAAGUCUCAUUUGUUGGAGAAUGUUCCAACCCUCAAUGUUAUUAAUAGUCAUGAUUUUGAAGAUGAUGAAGAUGCACAUGAUAAUCUGGUAUCUCUGCGGCUUCAAGAAGUUGUAUAUAAUGAUGAAAGCAAAGCUAAAUCUAACCCUCCUCAUGUUAAAUAUCAAGACAAGCAUCCUAAGACCAUUGGUAAAAUUAAAGGAAGUUCAGGUAGUGCAAAACAGCCUGUUGUUAAGUGUGGACCUUUGCCAGCAGCAUCUCUUUCGUCUGAUGAUGAGCAGUUAGUGGCUAAGCAGAAGAAGGGUAAACUCCAGAGGCAGCGUAUUCUUUUUGACUCUUCAUCAUCUUCAGAUGAAGUUGUUGAAUUACAAGGUAAACAGAAGAAAUUAGAAUCAGCUGGAGAAACCAAGGGCAACAGCAACUCUCAUGUUCAUUUGAUGAAAGGAAAAAUGAAAUUGUUACCCUCCUCAGAUGAUGAUAGGGUGUUAGUUAUCAAAAGCAGCCCAGAAUCUCUAGAUGAAGUUACGACAAGUAACGGUAAAUCAGAUAUUUUAGUCAGAAAUGGUGUGAAUUCUGUAGAUGAAUGCAAAGAAAAAAAUACUGUACAGGAUAACAAACACAGAGUGGAUAGUUCAAAUUCUGUGGGAAAAACAAUGGUUAAUGAAGAAUUGUUUGCCAGUAUAUUCAAAAGCAAAGCAAUUGUGAAGCUGGAAAGGCUUGAUGAAAAUAUAUUAAAAUCAAAUGGACUGGUUGUUUCAGAACCUGAAAGUGAAUCCUUAAAUUACACACUUGAUGAAGAUAUAAUUGUUAUAAGUGAUGAUGAUGAUGAUUACUUCCCUUCAUCACAAAUAUUUGAUGACCAGAAUAUGUCUUCUUUGAAGGCACUUAAAACUGAAUGCCAAGAUGCAGUCAAUGAAGAUCCAUCAUUUAAUAAGGAUAUUGAAGAUGAUGAUGUACCGUUUGAAGAUGAUGACUCAGAUUUAGAUAAUCAGUGGUUCAAGAGAUUGUCACAGCAAGAUCUUGAACCAACCUCAGCAUUGCCUCCACAACUGCAAGCAGAGACAAAAACAAAGGACAGAUUUUCAAGACAAAAGUCCUUAAAGGAUGUGAAUCUGCCACAAGUUGUGGUUGAUGAUGUAAGGAUACAGGAAGAACUGUUGGCCAGUGAUUUAUGUAAAGCAGAUGAAAAAGUGAAAUUAAAACGUAGACGGUCUGUUGAUAAGUGCCAAAGUAAUGUUAAGGCAUUUAUAAUUGAUGCACCACCAUUGCCACCACGGCGGGCUUUUCUGCGAGGAAUUUCUGCAGACGAGGCAGCACGAAUAUACAAGGAGCAAAAUGAAAGUUGCCAACAACCUGUGAAACAUAGAAUCAGUGAUACCAGUGAUAAGAGAAGAAAAAGAAAAAGAAAAGAAAAGAAAAAGGAAGAUCAUGUCCAUUUGCCCAUAUCUGAUGACCUAAGAUUUCUCACUGCUAAAGAAAAGAAGAAAAUUGCAGAUAAGCGUAAAGAAAAGCUCAGAGCAAUAUCUGAGAAGGAGAAAGCUGUUGCAGCAGCUUCAAAGAAACAUUCUGUGAAAGUUCCUGCAGAAGUAAGAAUAAAGGUGACUAAUAAAAACAGGGGUGCUUUCUUGACAGAGGGAGCAGAGAAAACAAAUGAUGUUUCAAAAUUUUGUGCUACAGCUCAAACAUCAGUUUUAUCUUCUGUAGUAAAAGAAUUGCACCGUGAUGCAGAGAAGAACUCCUCCUCAUUGAAUGUUUCAAAACAAGAUGGUGUUAGAAGUAGUACUCCGCAGCCCAGGAAGUGUGAAUCGAGAUUAUCCUCUGCCCCAGCAAGAUUCAUUAAAGACCUUCCUCGAAUUCCUAAAAUAUCUGAGCGGCUUUCGGCUUCAAAGAGUGUUGAUGUAGAGGUACCUCCUGGUGCUAAAGUGGAUACUAUUACAGAGGAUGUUCCUCCAUUACUUACAAGUGGUUUUUCAAGCUCUCCUAUUACAAAGACAUUAGCACCUGCUAGAAGUACAAAAGGAAAAAAAAGGGUGACUUUCAAGAAAGAUAGUGAACUGGUUGAGAUACGUGUCAUACCUGUGGCAGAAGAUUCACGCCUUUUGCCUGUUGCCCACAAGAAAGAUGCUCCAACUCCAAGGAAUAUCUUCAGUAAUCAGUUACAGCAAAAGGGUCCAGAUCUGGAGGAAGUUCUCUAUGAUAUAGUGUGUUGGAAUCCUAAGUGGCUAGAGGAACAGAGGCAGAAAACUGUUACAUAUCCACCUCCUGUGUAUGGAGGCAAACUGUGGCCUAUGCUGUCAUCAUUUGUCUCAUAUAAAGACUAUUUGAAGGUUCUCACACCUCUUGUGCUUCUUGAGUUGUGGACCAAUAUCACCAAGGACUGUGAAAACAAUCCUUAUGAUCCCAGGAAGGCUCCUGUGGUAGUUGGUAUAGAUCAGGUUGAUGCAACCCCUCAUCUUACACCCAAUAAGAAACAGCUUAUGCAUAUAACUUGCCAUGCUCUUCUAACACAAUAUGACUCUCAGAACCAUUUGUAUCCACGUGUAGGGGACUUGGUUUACCUAGAAUUGGAGUUAGAAAAUGAAGUGUUACAGAACCUUUAUAGUACUGAGCCUCAGCUAAAUACAAAGCAACGCAGGAUUGUACCCAUCUUUGCAUAUGUCAAACAUGUCAGCAAAGAUGCUGUCACCAGUAGAACCAGUGUACACAGGGAAAUCUUGAAACAUUGUGCAGAGCCAUCAACCAAACUUACAUUAAUCUUAUUGGCAAAAUUUAGAUCCUAUGAUGUGAAAAUGAGCCAUGCAAUGAGAAUAAAAGUGGUUUCAUACAUAAAGUCUGAUCUUCGUUUGUUUCAAGCUAUGGCAUAUUUGCCAUCCUCACCACUUUGUAAUCAUAUCCUGAAGCCUGCAGAACAGAAUUUUGCCCUUCCUGAUAUUACCAACGAUCAGUUUGUGCCACUGAUCAAGCAAGAUCAGUUAAAUGAACCACAGAAACAAGCUAUCCUGCAAACUGCUCAUGCUUGUUUGAUGUCAAAACCAAAAAUAUGUAUGAUACAAGGACCUCCAGGUACUGGGAAAUCGCAUGUAAUUGUAAACCUGAUAAUACAAAUCUUAUAUGCCCAGAAGCAAUUUCGGAAGCAUGGAAGCCGUAGAGAUGUUCCACGGAUUCUUGUUUGUGCACCUUCUAAUGCUGCCGUUGAUGAGUUGGUGAUUCGACUUCUGCAUGUUCGUCAGACAAUCCCAAGAGAGGAGAGGUUCAGGAUGGUGCGCAGUGGUCGACAAGAGACAAUGAACCAAUUAGUGAAAGACAUCUCAGUCAUUGAGUUGGCCAAGAGGGAUGCUAGGAACACCGCACAAGUUUUGGAAUGUGUGGAGAGUCUAGAUUUAGAGAUACGCAAUCUUGAGGCUCGAAAGAAUUCAUUGGUAAUGGCCCUUGAAACAGCAAGGCAAAAGAAUCUGACUGAUACUAUUGCUGAAACUGAGUUUAAACUAGGAGAAACUGAGCUGAAGCUUUUUCAAAUGAAAAAAAGCAAAACCCAGAAUACUACAUUGGAUCCUCGAGAACUCUGGCGUAUAGAAAGAGAAGCACAGUCACGAAUACUUCUUGGUGCUGACAUUGUGGCUACAACACUAUCAUCUUGUUUCAAUAACCAGAUGGAAACUAUUUUUUCUACUCAGAAAAACAGCAAGGAUAGAUCUGGUUUUCAGUUUACCUGCUGCAUAGUAGAUGAAGCAACACAAAGCCAGGAAUUAGAAACACUGAUACCACUCAUGCUCGGGGUGACAACACUUGUCCUUGUUGGUGAUGCAAAACAGCUGCCUGCUACUGUACUGUCUAAGAUGGCCAAAGAAAAUGGCCUUGGGAAGUCCUUGUUUGCAAGAUUACAAACAUGUUUUGAAGACACUGUGAAGAAUCCAGUACAGUUCCUUAGGAUUCAGUACCGCAUGCAUCCAGACAUCUGUCUGUGGCCCAACAGGUUCUUCUACAAUGGCCGUUUGAUCUCAGCACCGAACCUGGCUCAGCAGAGAGUCUGUCCACUCGUCCCAUAUUGCAUUCUUAGCCUUGACUACAAACAGGAUGAUAGUGGGGAACUCUCAAAUGAAGGAGAAGCUGAGCUUGUGAGUCAACUAACAUUAGGCCUGCUGGAGAAACUGAACAACCAACAGCUAAGCAUUGGAAUUAUCACACCAUACAAUAAGCAGCGGACUAUGAUACAGUCCAUCUUGCGUGAUAGUUCCUGUUCCUGCCAGAAUUUGGAAGUUAAUACAAUAGACAGCUUCCAAGGUCAGGAAAGAGAUGUUAUUAUAAUGUCAUGUGUGAGGACAGGAGGCAUAGGAUUCUUAGCAGAUACUCAGCGUCUUAAUGUUGCUCUGACUCGAGCUCGGCGUUCUUUGCUGCUGUGUGGUAACUUUACCUCCCUGCGGAAUGACAACAUGUGGCGUGCUCUUCUAGAAAAUGCCAGCCAGCGAAAUUUUCUCAAACAUGUUUCAAGCAGUGUAGCCAAAAACAAGGAUGAACUGUUGAAGCUGGUCCUAAGAGACAAGUAAUGCAACCAUUUAGAUGGUAUUGACUCUGAAUAGGUGGAUUAAAUUGUCAUGUUGUGUGUGAUAAUUUAUUAUCAUCUGCCAUUGUUUUUAUACAUAUAUCAUAUAUUUUCCAAAUGCGUAUUAUGUUGAGGAGAACAGGGCUGUAGUUAAGCGGAAAAGCAUCUUAAGCCCUGGCUGUUUUUGAAUUGUUAUUUCCCUCUCUGUUUUUGUUUAUUAUAAAUUUCAUAAUAAACUUUGUGUGGGCACCUCAGUGAAAUUUAUCCAUAUAUGCAAAGUACAUCCAGAGAAUUUUUUUUUUUAAUGUAUGAUGUCUUGUGUAGAACUGGAUGUCAUCUGUCGAAAAUAUAAUUUCAAAAUAAUAUUAAAAAUCUGCACCACUGAGAGAGAAUUUCUUUUAGUGAAAGAAUUCUGUAUUAAAAAAAAUUCAGUUUAUGUGUCUUUCACUUUAUAUUCAUCUGAAUUGCAAGAAAUAUAUUUUUUGUGUGUAUGAGCAUAGCCUUCAUUUCAAUUUAAAAAAUUAUAACAAGCACAUGGACCAUAUUCCUUGGUGAAUUGGACUUUUUGUAUAACUUUUUUACAAGUCAGUUUUCAGCUAUGCUUUAGUGCUGAUUUUUUAUCUUCUGAACUUAAUGAACAUGUCUUUAACCUUUACUGAUCAUGGGCCAUUAAAAUCCAGCUGGCAGCCCAAUAGUAUGAGGAUUUAAAGCACAUAUUCCCUGCUUGAUAAUGGUUAACCAAUGAAAUUAUUGUAAUGCAGGUUGUAUAAUAGUAGAUUAUUUUCUCUUUUUGUUUUAGAAAUCACUGGAGAUCUCCACAGUGUAAAAUAUAAAAAUUCCAAGAAAUUUGUGUUUUAUAAAAUUAAAAAUUAAGGUGCUUUAAUUUAUAUUCAUCCUUCAGUUCUGUAACUCUUCCAUAACUUGAUAAUGUUCUGUGCCAUAAUUUGCUUUUAUAUGUUUAUGAUUUAUUAUUCAAUCAAUACAUCAUGUAUUAAAAAGAUGUUUGUUAACAUAUAAAACAAUGACAGUGCACCUACCUGUUAUUGGGGAGAUACGUGUUUUGUCUAAGGUAAUCUUACCUUUUUUUUAAUACAUUACGUGUUGAAUUUUGUAGUUUUCUUUUGUUAAUUUACUGACAGUUUUGAGAGAAAACCCUUGAAAACAUAAUGAGAUUCAGUAGUUCUGCACCAAACCGUGUGGUGUAAUUUUAGCCACUCUUGUUUGCAUUUUUAACAAAGUACCUGGUUAUUAAGGUCUUCCAUGUUUUGUUUUUUCAGUUGUUUCAGGUAAGUGCCAAGAAAAUACCUUUAGCAGUAAAAAUCCAUUAACCUCAUAUCUCCUUGAUAUACAGAAUGGUGGUGUUAACAUAUAAAACAUAACAUAAAUAUUUUGAUGAAUACCAGCAUAAAUUUAAAUUGCUUUUUAAGAAUUAAUUUAGAAAGAUACCAGUCCCUGGAUAAGUUGCAGACAUUUGUGCCUUACUGCUCUUUCUCUUGGGGCAUACAUAUAUACAGCCGAUUUCUGAUUGUCCAACCUAAAUAGGACUGAAGGACAAUCAGAUAAUUGAAGAUGUUGGAUAAUAUGGAAGAAUCUUUUGGUGUGUUCACAAUGAAGAGCUCCAAAAAUGUGCUUAUAAUAAAAAAAUUAAACACCGCCAGCUGAUUACCAGGUGAAUAUUCUGGGUUAAGUGAACUGGAAGAAAGUGCACCUUUGUGUGUAGUAUUAAAAUAGAUUUGUGUGGCCCUUGCCAGAACAUCAUUCCACAUGGUAUGGAGAAUGAAGUGUACUUCGUUGUUAAUUGUGCAAAAUGGUUUUAAUAUCUUGUCAUAAAGUUAUUUGAAUACUUAAA